AUGCUCAAGUGGUACAGCGUCUACUUACUGCAGGAGAGGAGAGCAAGUGCCAGCUCCAGCUCCAGGCAAAGCGUCCCCCACAGCCAGUGGAUCCGCAGCCCUGGAGGCUGCACACGCCCCACUUUGACGAGAACAAAAGGGGCAGGGACUCCACUACCCCCCUCCCCCCCCAGGGAAGGGCGCCUCCAACCCACGCUGGUGCUGGCCACGCUGAACACAGCCUUUGGCUCGGCCUUCCAAUACGGCUGCAACAUCGCUGUGGUUAACACACCGCACAAGGUCUUGAAGUCCUUUUAUAAUGAAACCUACUUUGAGCAACACGGAGCCUUCAUGGACGAGAAAGUCAUGCUGCUGCUGUGGUCCUGCACCAUGUCCGUGUCUCCUCUGGGCGUCUUGGUGGGGUCCCUGCUUAUUGGCCUGCUGGUUGACAAAUGUGGCAGAAAGGGAACACUGCUGAUCAACCAUGUCUUCGCCAUCCCUGCCAUCCCGAAGGGAGUCAGCAAAGUGACCAAAGCUUCCGAGCUGAUCAUCUUUUCUCGAGUGGCACUGGGAGUCUGUCCAGGCAUCUCCUACAGUGCCCUUCCCGUGUACCUGGGAGAGUUAGCUCCCACGAAACUUAGAGGUGCUCUGGGAACAAUGACGGAGGUGUUUGUCAUCAUGGGAAUCUUCCUAGCACAGAUCUUCGGCCUGCAAGCCAUCCUGGGCAACCCUACAGGCUGGCCUGUGCUCUUGGCGCUCAUGGGGGUCCCCGCACUGUUUUGGCUCCCCUCUCUGCCCUUCUUCCCCGAGAGCCCGAGGUCCACCCUGGCUCAGAAAAGAGAUGAAGAAGACGUUCAACAAGGUACUGGAGAUACAGGCUGCUCCGUCAAGACGUGCCGCAUGGAGGACCAGGCCGAGAGGGCCGAGGGCCGCCUGUCUGUGCCCAGCCUCUUCACGUUUCCGCCUGUCCGCUGGCAGCUGGUCUCCAUCGUCUUGCCCAUGGCCGGCCAGCAGCUCUCCAGGGUCAGCGCGGUCAACUACUAUGCGGACAUGAUCUACACCUCCUCGGCUGGCAUGGAGGCGGCUCAUUCCCAGUAAGUAACAGUGGGUGCCAGCGUGGUCAACACAGUGAUGACCGUCAUCUCGGCAGGCGUCGUCGAGCGGCUGGGUAGGCGGCGCCUCCUGCUGGUCGGCUACGGCAUCCGCGUCUCGGCUUGCCUUUUGGAGACCUUGCCCUGCCUCUUCCCACAGAGCACGGUCCCUGAGCUGUCUUACCUGGGCAUCACCUGUGUCUUCGCCUACAUCACAGGACAUUCCAUGCAGCCCAGUCCCGUGCCCUCCGUGGUGAGGACCGAGAUCUUCCUGCAGUCCUCGCGGCCGGCCGCCUUCGCAGGGGACGGGGCCGUGCUCGGGCUCACCAGCGUCAUCGUGGGCUUCGUGUUCCCGUCCAUCCAGGAGGUCAGUGGUGCCUACAGCUUCAUUAUCUUUGCCAGAAUCUGCCUCCUCACUGCUGUUUACAUCUACGUGGUCAUUCCUGAGACCAAGGGCCGAACAUUUGUGGAGAUAAAGCGAAUUUUUGCCCAGAGAAACAGAGUGGAGUUUCUGGAGAAGAAAGAAGAAAUCACAGAUGCUGGGCCUCACAUACCGUCUCUGCCUGCCAGGGAGACUUCCUUUUAG